AUGGCGGAUGUGUUUGAAAGUGGCAAUGCUCAAACUUUAACAGCGGGAAUUAUCAUAAUAGGUGAUGAAAUCCUCAAAGGGCACACCAAAGAUGUAAAUUCUCAUUUUCUGGUCAAAAGGUUCUGGUCCCUUGGUAUUAAAGUGUGUAAAAUUUCAGUUGUGGCUGACGAUGAAUCGGAUAUCUCACACGAGGUACAGACAUUCUCGAAAAGCUACACGUUCGUCAUAACAACCGGAGGCAUAGGACCAACACAUGAUGAUGUUACUGUUCUCAGUAUAGCUAAAUCAUUUAAUGAGAAGAUUGUCAAGAAUGAGAAAGCUGCAGAGCUCAUUGCACAAGCUUAUGGCGUCCAAAAAUCCAACUUGAAUGAAUCUCAAAUGAAGAUGGCAAUGUUGCCGUCGUCUGCAGAGCUUGUUCACAGCAAYGAUAUCAAAAAUAAUCCUUUUCCUGUGAUCCGUGUACACAACGUGUACAUUUUCCCUGGUAUUCCCCAUUUUGUGGAGAAAGAUUUCCUUGGUAUUGAACAUGUUUUUGAUCAGGGCAGGAACAAUGAGUUCCACCUUUGUAAGGUGUUUCUAUCUGUCGAUGAGACACAAAUCGCACAUGUGUUGGAUGAAGUGAAUGAAAAAUACAAGAAAACUGUACAGCUUGGAUCCUAUCCAGAGUUCUGCAGUCGUGAUUACCAAGUUAAGCUGACACUUGAGUCAAAUCGCAAACAGGAAGUAGAGGAUGCUUGCCAUUACCUAUUAGGGAAGCUCCCUGUAGCAAACAUUGUCAGAGUAGAAGGUUUGGAGAUGGAAAACAGCAAUGAAGCAAAACCACAAGAUAKAUCUUGUAUAAAUGAGAUCUUAUCUCUGCUGAAAUCAUCCAACAACUCCAACAUUAGUGGAUGCGUGAAAGGUGCUUGGGCCGUCCUUCAAGAAGUKUUGCGAGAGUACAGCCUUGAAGAACUCUGCCUCAGUUUCAAUGGAGGGAAGGAUUGCACYGUCCUUUUGCAUCUAUUUCAUGCUGCAGUCUCACAGAAAUGUAGUCAAAAUACCAAGAUUAAUGCAUUAUACAUCAAAUAUGAUUCACCAUUUCCAGAAGCUGAAGAAUUCAUACAAGAAACAAUAAAGCGAUAUAAYCUUAACCUAAUUACUGUAGAGGGAAAUAUCAAAUCUGCAUUACAAGACCUAAAGACCACACAUCCUAAGAUCAAAGCCAUUCUACUAGGAACCAGAAGACAUGAUCCAUUCACUGAGAGAUUACGUACUUUUACUUGUACUGAUCCAGGAUGGCCUGAGUACAUGAGAGUCAACCCAAUACUUGACUGGCAUCAUUGUGAUGUCUGGUCUGUCAUUCUACACUUUAGGAUUCCAUACUGUUCACUGUAUGAUAAGGGUUAUACUUCAUUAGGUAGCACACAUAAUACACAGCCAAAUCCAGCACUUAAAGUGGAUGGCGAAAAGUAUAAACCUGCUUAUCUUCUAGAAGAUGAUCGUCAAGAACGAGCAGGACGAACUUAGAAGGGCAGUGUCCCCAUUUUAUUUACAUUUGGUUAAGAACAAAGCUACUAACAAAUAUUCAAAUACUCAUUAAUUAUUCACGAGGUAUCUAGCCAAUCCUUGUUCGUAAUUCAUACCACGUGCAGUAACUGGAAAUCGGAGGAAGUUACUAGGCGUACUGAAUUAAUUUUGUUCCAGUUACUCCGUACUGAAUUAAUUUUGUUCCAGUUACUCCAAGCUGAUUUAAUUUCUCAGAUAAUUUCAAAGUCCAAGUUAUUGAAGUUCUUUUAAACAAGUAGAAAUAGUAAACUAAGUUUAGAAUUUAGUGAAAAAAAUCUAUGAUAAAUUUCAUCUUGAGAUUCGAACUCCCAACCUUCUGAUCUAUGCCCUCCGCCUUAAACCAUUACACCACUCACUAUCCGAUGAAAAAUCUCGGAAGAUAAAAUAAUUUUAAAUGUUAUGAAUAAGUUCAUUAGGAUUAAAAUGAAUAGCAGACAGGGAAUUUGAAUAGCUUUUGUUUCUUAUGCCCAAAUGGGGAUUGAAGAACAAUAAAUAGAGCUCAAUGAUGUAAAUAUGAAAUCCUGCAUGAAGGAGCAAAUAUAACCAAUAUAUUCCUAUAGACUUUUAAUAUUUUUCGGCCCUUUUCUCCUCCCGAAUAAUUAAUGAGGAUUUGAAGUCGUUCCAAGUCCUCCAAUUCGGACUGGACAGGAUUUCAAGUCCUUGCAAUUAGUUCCAGUCCUCGGCUGCGCCUCGGACUGGAACUAAUUGCGCGGACUUGAAAUCCCGUCCAGUCCUCAUUGUCGGACUUGAAACAUUACAUCAUAUACUAUCAUAUAAUAAACGUAUUUAUGAAAAAGCGUAUUUAUGCCAGACCGUUAGUUUUAAGAUUGAUUUAACUAUACGAACAAGUGUAUGUACGUAGAUUAAUUUCGAUCUGCUCCAGGUCUCCCAGGAGUCUCAGGACUGGACUAAGAUCAAUUUUGAAAGAAUUGUAAUAAAUAACUACAAUAAGCACG